GACAGCUGAUUUGUACAUCAAACAUAAAUAAACAGUGGCCGCUCGUGUGCCACUUGUUGUUUUUCGUACCCAAAGCUUAAUUUUACAUAAAUUUCGCUAUUUUAGCAGACGUGUUUGAGAAUGUCUGAAGCAAAAGAGCUGCAAGAUGAUGAAAGGGAAGCUCUUGUUUCGAUUUACGAAGGUGACAGUGCCUUCAAGCAGGUGAACUCCGAGACGUAUCAGUACAAAUAUGGAGAAGAGGGAAAUAAAUCCUUUCUGCUGGAAAUAUGUUGGACGGUAAACUAUCCGAAUGAAUUGCCCACCUUUAACCUGGAAACUUUUUACAAUAGGAAUUUAUCUCGUACGAUGAAAGACAGCAUUGCCGCAAUUCUUCAAGCAGAAGCAGAGCAAUGGAUUGGCUGUGGAAUGACGUACACAUUAUUUGAGUGCCUAAAGGAUAAACUGGAUGAUUUGUUGACGGACGAGAACUGCAAUGCGAACGAUGGCCAACAAAUGAUCAUCGGUACGACCGAUGCUCGUUUGGAUGCUGAACAAACAAACAGCGAUUCCGAUGAAGAUGGUGGAACGAACGAAGGAAAGGAUAGUAAGAAGGAAUCGAAACGGGAACAUCUAACUAAAGCCCAGAAACGAAAACAGUGGGAUCGGGUAGAUAGCAAGGGCAAUCGACAGCGUGGUUGGAACUGGGUUGAUAUUGUCAAACAUCUCUCGCAGACGGGAGGGAAACCGGAAUAAUGAAUUUAAUGAAGGCUAUCUCAUGUGUGUAUAACAGGCAACAUAAUGUAGCCAUAAAAGAAGCGCUUAGCUGAAUAAAACAUACUACAAACGUAAUACAAUUA